AUGCCCCUUGAUCUACCAGACUGUGUUUUAACGGGCACAGACGAAGACCUCUUCAAAGCUCGUGAGAACUUAGAUGCAGACGGUUGGAAUAAAGACAAGGCCAUACUUCCAGUUUCCGGUCAACGUGUACAACUCAUGCUUUGUAUGAUUCGUGAAGAGGUCCUAGAGCUGAAGCUUGGACCUGCAGCGCUAGACCUUGAGACAAAGGCAGAAUGCAUCCUACGAAAUUUGAAGUCAACCUGGCAGUCAAUUCCAUCACAUCUAAAAUAUGACACAACGAAACAGUGGACGGGCCAAACUGAAUAUGGCAUGAUGCUACUAGCCGUGCGGUUGGAAUAUCUUUACACGGAGUUCCUUUUAUACACUCUACUUGCGUGUUACAGUGAAGAUAGUCGCGAGAGGUUGAUAAUAACGGCACACGAGAUUGUUAGCAUUGUCCUCUCACCAACGCGAAAGAGGGAACUACUGCACAUUUGUAGGGCAGAAAUGGAAUGGACGCUAGUAUUUUACGCCAUGCCUUGUGCAAGCGUUCUGGUCUUGGAGCUUCUGAGACAAAACCAGCAUCCUACAGAACAACUCAGCAUCAAUCGAAGCGGUAUAAUCCAAGAUAUCAGUAUCCUCAUCUCAUGCUGCGACUCUUUGACCGAAUCUGGGCAAAGCAACUACCAAAUCUGCAAGCAAACUCAAUCGAUUUUUUCCAAAAGCCUGGAUUCCAUUCUGAACCAGACCACGCCUAGCCAGAGAAAUAUUGAAGAAUUGACGGUGCACCACGAGCAAAAUGGUUACAUGAGCCCCGGGGAGUCUAAUGUUGCCCAAGAUCCUGAAUGGAUGGCAUGGCUCGACUCAUUAGGUUUACAAGGAGAUCCGUGGCUAGAGUCGAUCAUUCCUACUCUGGAGUUUCCAUGA